AUGAAUUUUGACAUGUUUAAUGGCCUAAUAAACCUCACUGGCCUUUUUCUAUCCCGAAAUAAUUUUUCACUACUUGUUAGUCCUCAUGAGAUAAAUGAAACAUUUCCACAAUUCACACGUCUAGAAUUGUCCAAAUGCGAUUUAAGAAAUUUUCCUGAAUUUCUUAGACAUAAAAAACAAAUUGAGUCUUUGGAUCUUGGAGAUAACCAUAUUGCUAGUCGAAUACCAGAUUGGAUGCGGAACAUGGAAAGCUUGCAGACCAUAACCCUUUCUAAUAACUCCUUGAUAGGAGAACUUUCACCUACAAUAUGUAGUCGUAGUUUUCUAAAACUCCUUGACUUGUCCCAUAACAGGUUAGGUGGUAAACUUCCCCAAUGUUUCGGUAACUUUAGUAAGUCAUUGUCAAUACUAAGUCUUAGGAACAACUCUUUUUCAGGCGACAUUCCCCAAUUUACAAAUGGAAACCAACUGUCAAUUAUUGAUUUUGGUUAUAAUCUAUUUGAAGGGAAACUAUCAAAAUCACUUACGAAUUGUCAGAUGCUUGGUUACCUCAACGUUGAAAGAAAUAAUCUCAACGAUGUUUUCCCUUAUUGGUUGGGGAGUCUUCGAGAGCUGAGAAUUCUUAUAUUGCAAGCUAAUGAAUUCCAUGGAGUUAUAAGGGAGCCCAAAACAAACCAUCGUCAAUUUGCAAAGUUACGUAUAAUUGAUAUAUCAUUCAACUCCUUCAAUGGAAGAGUGCCAAUUGAAUACAUACAGAGUUGGAAGGCCAUGGCAAGUACAAGCGCUGAAGACUUUGAAUAUAUGAUGGCAAUACCUUUUGAACUCAAAGAAAAUAGUAGCGGUCAUAUUUUUCGUAUAGGUUACUUUUUCGAAAUUACAAUAGCAGUCAAAGGCAGGCAUAGAUACUAUCAUCAUAUCCAAAAUAUUAUUGCAGUUAUAAAUCUCUCCAACAAUAAAUUUGUUGGAGAAAUUCCUGAAGCCAUUGGAAACUUGAAGGGGCUCUAUUCUCUUGACCUAUCCAACAACCAUCUCAAAGGUGGAAUUCCAUCAUCACUGAGUAAUCUAAGAGCUCUUGAAUCCUUAGACAUUUCUCAAAAUGAUCUUUCAGGGAAGAUCCCUAUUGAGUUAGACCAACUUUCUUUCCUUCAAUACUUCAAUGUUUCACACAACCAACUCUCAGGAUCUAUACCACGAGAUCAUCUCAGUACCUUUGAGGCCAGUUCCUACGAGGGAAAUGUGGGAUUAUGUGGUAUGCCACUACAAAACUCUUGUGGAUACUCCAGUCCACCAGAACACUCAUUUCCAUCAUCAGAAGAAGAGUCGAGCUGUAUUUUUCAAUUUGGCUGGAAAGUUGUUGCGAUAGAAUAUGGAUGUGGAUUCUUAAUUGGAUCGUUUGUUGGGAAAAUUGUGAUUGCAAGAAAACCUUAUUGGUCAGUGAUGACCUUUGGGAUAAGGAGCUGA